AUGGAGACUCUGAUUCCCACCAUCAACCGGCUGCAGGAAGUCUUUCUGACUGUGGGAGCAGAGAUCGUUCAGCUACCUCAGAUAGCUGUGGUUGGAUCUCAGAGCAGUGGGAAAAGUUCUGUGUUGGAGUCUCUGGUUGGGCGGGACUUUCUGCCUCGGGGAUCAGGAAUAGUCACAAGACGUCCUCUGGUCUUGCAGCUUGUUAAUGUUCCCCCCCUGAAGGAGAGAUUAAAGUCUGAGACUGGAAAUGGGGUUAAACAAAAUGCCAAAAGCAACUAUCCAGGUGUCAAAGCUGAAGAAUGGGGUACAUUUUUGCACUGCAAGAACCAGAUCUUCACAGACUUUCAGGAAAUCCGACAAGAAAUCGAAGCAGAAACUGCACGGAGUUUAGGUGACAACAAGGGAAUCAGUCCCGAGCCCAUAUAUUUAAAGAUUUUCUCCCCCAAUGUCCUUAACCUCACUUUGGUUGAUUUACCUGGAAUUACAAAGGUUCCAGUUGGAGAUCAGCCAGAAGACAUUGAGAUUCAAGUGCAAGAGAUGAUCUUGUCCUUCAUCUCCAAUCCAAACUCCCUCAUCCUCGCAGUGUCUCCCGCCAACUCUGACUUGGCCACCUCUGAUGCUCUAAAACUGGCUCGUGAGGUCGAUCCUGACGGCCGUCGAACACUGCUGGUGAUCAGCAAACUGGACCUGAUGGAUGCAGGAACUGAUGCACUGGAAGUCCUAUUGGGUCGAGUCAUUCCUGUGAGGCUUGGGAUCAUUGGAGUGGUUAACAGGAGCCAGCAUGACAUCAAUACUCAAAAGAGCCUAGAGGAGUCGAUGAAGGAUGAGCAAGCCUUCCUGCAACGCUAUUAUCCUUCGCUCGCGUCCCGUGCUGGCUCACGCUACCUGGCCAAAACUCUGAGCAGACUGCUCAUGCACCACAUCCGUGACUGCCUGCCAGAGCUCAAAACCAGAGUGACCGUGCUGAGUGCGCAGUACCAGGCACGGCUCAACAGCUACGGCCAGCCGGUGGAGGACCAGAGCGCCACUCUGCUGCAGAUUGUCACCAAGUUUGCCAGCGAUUAUUGCAACACCAUAGAGGGAACAGCCAGGCACAUCCAAACGUCCGAGCUUUGUGGAGGAGCUCGAAUCUGUUACAUAUUCCAUGAGACUUUUGGCCGCACUCUGCAGUCCAUCGACCCCCUGGGAGGACUGACUGGUCUGGAUAUCCUCACUGCCAUUCGCAACGCUACGGGUCCUCGACCUGCACUUUUUGUGCCCGAGGUGUCUUUUGAGUUGCUGGUGAAGAGGCAAAUUAAGCGUCUAGAGGAGCCCAGCAUGCGCUGUGUCGAGCUCGUCCACGAAGAGCUGCAGAGGAUCAUCCAGCACUGCUCCUCCUAUAGCACACAGGAGCUCCUGCGAUUUCCCAAACUGCAUGAUUCUAUUGUGGAAGUAGUGACUGCGUUACUGAGGAAGCGUUUGCCAAUCACUAAUGAAAUGGUGCACAAUUUAGUAGCCAUAGAGCUUGCCUACAUAAACACAAAACAUCCAGAUUUUACCGAUGCAGCGCAGGUCUCAGCAUCUGUCAACAGUCAACAGGCGGAGGCCAUGGAUGGAGGGAAACGCUGGAAGAACGAGAAGGUUGGGGAAGAGAAAACCCCAGCCACGGGCUUUGGCAGCCCGAGCAAAGGCCAGCCCAUUAACCUUCUCGACACAGCUGUUCCUGUUUCCCGCAAACUGACAGCCAGGGAGCAGAGAGACUGCGAGGUCAUCCAGCGGCUCAUCAAGAGCUACUUCCUCAUUGUUCGCAAAAGCAUCCAAGACAGUGUGCCAAAGACAGUGAUGCAUUUCCUGGUGAACCAUGUGAAGGAGCAUCUGCAGAGCGAGCUGGUGGGUCAGCUCUACAAGCAGCCGCUGCUUCAGGAGCUGCUCAUCGAGUCACAGGACACGGCACAGCAGCGAACUGAGGUCGCUCAGAUGCUCGAGGCUCUCAAAAAAGCCAGUAAUAUCAUCUCUGAGAUCCGAGAGACCCACCUGUGGUAGCAGAAGUAGUGCACGAGUGUCUGUCAGGGGACAGCUUUGAGAGCUUGAGAGUGGAUGUGAGUUUACUGUAAAGAAAGUGCUGCAGUUCCACAGUUUCCUCCUGGACUGAUGACCGCAGCACAUUUAGACCAACGUUUUCCCAUUAGCUGUUGCUUUGUACUGUGAAUGUUAAUGUAGAGAGAACAAAAUAGUCACUCAGGUCAAAAGUGUUGUUUCUAAGUUGAAAAUGUGAGAAACAGCCGUGAACAAAAUCCUUUCCACCCCCAUGAUGAGAAAGUUGUAAGGUUUUAGCUGUAAUUGUGACGUUACCGUGCACCAUACGUGAAUUAUUUAAAUUAUUUUGUUAU